AUGUGCAUUCAUGAGCUCGUGAUCGUCACCGCGCCGGCCGUCGUCUCCAAACAUUUUACCAAUCUCUCCCGCCAGGGUGCCGGUCGUCGUCUCCAACUGCGAGUUCAAAACUGCCGCAGAUGCAGAACCCCAACGGCACCAUCCUCCAGCUCUACCACUCCGGCCGUCUCUCUGCCGCCCUCCACGCCUUCCAAGCGCUCCCCUCCUCGCCCGCCCCCGCUCCUCUCUCCGCCGCCACAUACGCCGCCCUCGUCACCGCAUGCUCCCGCCUCCGCUCCCUCUGCCAGGGCCGCCUCGUCCACCACCACUUGAUUGCAUCCCCUGAUGCCGGACUUGCCGGAAAUACUGUCCUCAACAACCACCUUAUCACCAUGUACGGCAGGUGCGCUGCCCCAGACUCUGCCCGCCUGGUGUUCGACGAAAUGCCUGCCAAGAACCCUGUCUCUUGGGCAUCUGUUAUCGCGGCACACACGCAGAACAGACGCUCCACUGAUGCUCUCGUUCUGUUCUCUUCAAUGCUACGGGCGGGGACUGCGCCUGACCAGUUUGCGCUCGGCAGUGCUGUGCGUGCGUGCGCAGAGCUUGGGGACAUCGUUGUCGGGAGGCAGGUGCAUGCACAGGCUAUGAAGUCUGAGACUGGAAGUGGCUUGAUCGUGCAGAACGCGCUUGUCACCAUGUACUCCAAGAGCGGCUUCGUUGGGGAUGGGUUCUCGCUCUUCACGAGGAUGAGGGAGAAAGACCUGAUUUCCUGGGGGUCCAUUAUUGCAGGGUUUGCACAGCAAGGGUGCGAAAUGGAGGCGCUGCAUAUUUUCAGGGAGAUGAUUGCUGAGGGGCUGCAUCAUCCCAAUCAGUUCCAUUUUGGAAGCGUGUUUAGCGCUUGUGGGGUUCUGGGUAGUUUGGAGUAUGGGAAGCAGAUUCAUAGCUUGUCUGUGAAGUAUAAUCUGGACUCUAACUCGUAUGCAGGUUGUUCAUUGAGCGACAUGUAUGCCCGGUGCAAGAAGUUGGAGUCUGCGAGGAAAGUGUUUUAUGGGAUUGAUGCUCCAGAUUUGGUUUCUUGGAAUUCAAUAAUCAAUGCUUGCUCUGUUGAGGGUCUUCUUAGUGAGGCUAUGUUACUGUUCUCUGAUAUGAGAGACUCUGGCCUCAGGCCUGAUGGCAUUACCGUUAGGGGCUUGUUAUGUGCGUGUGUGGGCUGUGAUGCUUUACAGCCUGGCAGAUUGAUCCACUCCUACUUGGUCAAACUGGGUUUGGAUGGGGAUGUUUCAGUAUGCAAUUCUUUACUCAGCAUGUAUGCGCGGUGUAUGGAUUUCUCCUCUGCGAUGGAUGUUUUUCACGAGACAAGAGAUCGUGAUGUUGUCACCUGGAACAGCAUUCUUACUGCAUGUGUACAGCACCAGCAUCUGGAAGUAGUCUUUGAGUUGUUCAACCUUUUGCAGAGGUUGGUGCCGAGUCUGGACGGGAUCAGUUUAAACAAUGUUCUGAGUGCUUCUGCCGAGUUGGGUUACCUUGAAAUGGUGAAACAGGUCCAUGCAUACACCUUCAAAGUAGGUCUGGUGAACGAUACAAUGCUGAGCAAUGGUCUAAUUGAUACCUAUGCUAAAUGUGGAAGUUUAGAUGAUGCUGCGAAGCACUUUGAAAUGAUGGGCACCAACUGUGACGUGUUCUCUUGGAGCAGUUUGAUUGUUGGCUAUGCCCAAUCUGGUUAUGCAAGGAAAGCACUUGAUUUAUUUGCAAGGAUGAGAAACUUGGGGAUCAAGCCAAAUCAUGUAACAUUUGUUGGGGUUCUCACAGCAUGCAGCCGCGUCGGCUUUGUCGAUGAAGGCUGCUAUUACUACAGUAUUAUGGAGCCUGAACAUGGCAUUCUUCCAACAAGAGAGCAUUGUUCAUGUGUCAUUGACUUGCUAUCACGUGCUGGGAGACUAACUGAGGCAGCAAAAUUUGUUGAUCAAAUGCCAUUUGAGCCCGAUAUUGUGAUGUGGAAGACCCUGCUUGCUGCUAGCAAAACACAUAAUGACGUGGAGAUGGGAAAGAGGGCAGCAGAAGGCGUUUUGAAUAUUGAUCCUUCCCAUUCUGCUGCCUAUGUCUUGUUGUGCAACAUAUAUGCUGCUUCUGGUGAUUGGAAUGAGUUUGCAAGAUUGAAGAAGGCAAUGAGAAGCAGUGGUGUUAAGAAAUCACCAGGGAAGAGCUGGGUUAAGCUAAAGGGGGAGCUAAAAGUCUUUAUAGUAGAGGACAGAUCGCAUCCAGAGUCUGAGGAAAUUUACACAAUGCUUGAUAUAGUUGGAAUGGAAAUGAUAAAAGCUGGUUAUGUUCCAAAGCUACCAUGUCAAUAUACUAGUUUUGAUCAUACAAAUAGUGAUUUGUCAGAUGAAGAAAUGACUAUGGAAUAUGGUUGAGUCAGGUCUUCUUGGGGGUUUGUUAGAAUUGGCCAACCUACCAAAGCUAUAUGACACUUGGUCUUUGUGACCGUGUGCUGUAUUUGAUUAAUUAAUCCGCAGUCCAGCAGGCCAUUGGUUUCUUCCAUAAAUAGAUGGAAAGAAGAGGUAAGUUUGUGACCAGAAGCUGUUGCUUUUCCUUUGGCUUCCAUAUA